AUGCGGCGGCGCAGGUUGCCGGGCGAACUGCGCGAUGAGAUCUCGCCCAAAAACAUCGUGAUGAUCGGGCCGACCGGCGUCGGCAAGACGGAGAUCGCGCGCCGGCUUGCCAAGCUGUGCAGUGCGCCGUUCCUGAAGGUGGAAGCGACCAAGUACACCGAGGUAGGCUACGUGGGCCGCGACGUGGAAUCCAUGAUCCGCGAUCUGACAUCCGUCGCGGUCGCCAUGGUCAAGGCGGAGCAGCAGGCCGGCGUCCAGGAAGAGGCGGAGCGCCGCGUCGAAGAUCACCUGCUGGAGUUGCUGCUGCCAAGCAACUCGGGCGGUGCACCGCCGCGCGACCCAUCGGCCGCGGAGGCCGUCGGCAACAGCACUCCCAAGCUUUCGCGACAGGAGCUGCGCGCCGGCGAGCCUGGAAUCCGGGCCGAGCAGAUGCCGAAUGUUUCCAUCCUGUCCGGGCAGGGAGUAGAGGAGAUGGAUCUCAACUUCAAUCUCCCGAACCUCCUGGGCGGCAAGAGCACGAAGAAGAAAAAGGCGUCGAUCAAGCGGGCGCGGCAGUUGCUGAUGAACGAGGAGAUCGACCGCCUGGUCGACUGGGACCUGUGUUGUCGAUAUGGCCUCGAGCGGCGUACAGGAGAUGGAAUCGUCUUCCUGGACGAACUGGACAAGAUCGCCUCGCGCGGGGGACGCAACGGGGUGGACGUCUCCCGUGAAGGCGUACAGGGCGACAUCCUGCCGAUCAUCGAAGGGGGCAAGGUCACCACCCGUCACGGCGUCGUCGACACCACGCAUAUCCUGUUCAAUCGCCGCCGGCGCGUUCCACAUGUCCAAACCGUCGGAUCUGAUCCCCGAACUGCAGGGGCGCUUCCGAUUCGCGUCGAGUUGCACAGCAACUGUCCCGAGAGGACUUCGAGCGGAUCCUCACGCAACCGGAGACGCCUUGAUCAAGCAGUACACCGCGCUGCUCGGGACCGAGGGAGUGGAGCUCGAUUUCACCCCGGAUGCGAUCGCGCGCAUUUCCGAAGUCGCGUGCGAGGUGAACUCGAACACUCAGAAUAUCGGCGCGCGUCGGCUGCACACGAUACUGGAGCACAUCCUCGAAGAGGUCUCCUUCCACGCGUCCGACGCCAAGGGACAGCAGAUCACGGUAACCGCCCAGUACGUGGACGAACGGCUCGCCGGCAUCAUCGAAGAUCGGGACCUGACACGAUUCAUCCUGUAGCGUGGUCGCAGGAGUCAUGCGGCCUGCCGCGCCGACGGCAAGUCCAGCAUUCGCGCGUCUAUCGACUCGGGGAUCUACCUUCGGGUUGCCACUGGUGUCUGAUAACGUAUACGCGAUCCAUCCCCGGCAUUCUUUCGCCCGCGGUUGCGUGCGCUGAUGUAUACAUGCUAGCAUGGUGCAAGCUCGAUGGCUUGGGAGACCGAUGA